AUGGACGGCGGCGAGGGUGCCCCUCAGAAGUGCGUCAGGUUGCUCUGCCGCAGGAGGAUCGACGUCGCAGCCUCCAGUGGGGAACCCGCCCUGUAUUGGCUGGUCGGAUCAUCUCUCUUUCUCCCUCCCUUCACGGUUGCUUCCAUCGUCAAGUGCCUCUACUGGGAGCCGUCCAUCGGACCAGAAUCCGUCCAUUACUCUAGGGAAGCAGGUGCGAUUCCUUGAUUUUGGAUUUAUUACUAAUAAUCUCUAAUUUGAGAGAACUAGACAUGGCUUUUAUGUGAUGGAGGUAUUUUCGGGUAAUAGUGAUGAUCUAUUGUGUACAUUUCUUGAUGAAUGUAAUUCGAUCUAGGCUUAACAACGUAUUCUGAAUCUUCACUCGCUGAGAUUGAGGCACACAAAGUUCUAUAAUCUCCCUGAAAGAUGGUGACUGUGAGGCAUGAUUUAUUUUGAAAGUAGAUAUUUUGGAUCAAUCGUUUUGAAUUAGGAAUUUAGUUACGGGUCUCCAGCUUCAACUACUUAUAGCAAUGUCCAAUGGUCAUCGAGUGAAUAUCCUUCGCGGAAAAAAUUAUCUUCGUCUAAUUGACUCGGAAUUUCUUCCGGUUUUUGAAGAUGAAGAACGAUUUCCAAUGGCUGUGUAAACCAUGUCUCGUGUGAUAAUGCUGAUACACUCAUGCCUAUUAGUGAGCUCAUCGAAGCAUGUUGACGAGAUAAGUACUAUUGUUAAUCAAUGAUGGGACUGCUAGAUAUUGAAGGGUACUGAGUAUCUUUUCCUUGGCGUUGUCCAAUGUCUCUGGGAGAUAUUUUGACCCUUUCUUAUGAUCUUCAUCCGCCAUCUUAGUCAAGGAUAAGUUCUUCCAACUAAAGAUAGAGUGAACUUUCUCAUACUACUUCUCCAACUCAUUCAGUCAGUUCACUUUCUCUUAUGUGUGGUGCCAAACUAGUCUCUACAUAGCUUAAACAAGUACUAGUUCUAUGAGCAACGCUCAUGUUUGUUUGAAUAGAACGGACAUUUACUCAAUUUGAGUUGUGCAAAUGUAAAAAAACUCUUUAUCAUCUGUGACAUAUUCUCAACGUUCUGACUAUUGAGCUAUGAUCAUAUAUGAAUCCAGGGAAUGAACUGGUUGUUAAAUAUACAAUUAAUUUUUCCUUUCUUCAUCAACUUCUAUUACCUAGCCAUUUGGCCUACUUCGUUUGCUGUCGUAUGCACAGUAUCACCCACCUGUUGUGCCAUAUUGUUCAUCAGAAUAUGUAAAAGGUCUGCAUGUAUUCUAAGGCAUCAACUUCACAUAAACAUUAAGCAUGAACUUCAUAGUUUGUAUUAUUCAUUCGCCUCCCAAUUAAUAGAUAAUAUUUGUUUGAUACCUAAUGUAAACUGGAGUGUUUCAUUAGAAUCUCAGUGAUCUUCCUGUUCUCAAGACGUUGCUUUGGCAACAAUGUUGCCUGGACAUGUAAGGCAUCCAAAUCUCCUGGUAAUGCAGCACCAACGCUUGCCAUUCAUGAAUGCUCAUUCGUAUUUCUAUGGACUCAAGCUCAAAGCCUUUUGCGAAGCCAUGCCAUCCUCACAUAUGUGAGCCCUUAUUUACAUUAGAAUGAACGUGAAUACAAAGCCUUCAAUGCAAACGACCUUGCAUCUGGCCAUUCACUCAAGGCAUUGCCACACAUUUUCUGUAUGCAAAAGCAAUUCAAUGAAGUGCUUUGCCACACGUGAAGCUGAUCACAUAAGGUGUUAAACUGAACACACAUUUAAAAUAUAUGAUAAUAUUAGUAUAAACUGUUUAUUGCAGUUUCUUAGUUAAUAUUGGUGAUUAUAAUAUAUUUUUUGAAAAAAUAGACAUUAUCAUGACAGUUGUUUUAAAGUAUUCCUAAUUUCAUCACCUAGGCUAGGUGAUAUGCCAUAGCCUGAGUUUCUUUGAUCGCCUGAAAAACUUAGUCUACAUUGAUUAAAUACUGGUAUGAGAAAAAGCUAGGUAACAAUUGACUAUAAAUUCAGAUUGCGUAGUUUCAUCAUUCUGCUGUGAGAUAAAUCGAUAGAGACAAGGUCAAAGGUUUCAUCAGACUUGAUAGUAAUUUUUCAACGAUCUGUUUAAACAUGGAGUGAAGUAGGUAAAAUAUCACUGAAUUAGAAAACAUGGAUUUUCUAUCUGAAUAUUGAAUUGUGACUUUCGCAUCUCAAAACCAUACAUCGUACAUGUUUCAUGAAUUUUUGUCUGUGGACUUAUAAGCUUCUCUUUAUUGAAUUCAUGAUUUUGCUUUUACUUUUAUGAUAAUGAACUGAUGCCUCGUGCAUGUUGAAAUUAAUCAGAUGAAAUCAGAACAUUUCUUCCAAGAGGGCUUGAUGUGAUUGGAGCACUAUUUGUUGGCAACCAGGAGAAGGAAGAAAAUGCCAAAAAAGCAAUUGAAGCCACUAUUAGAGUGAGAGAGCUUCUCUUUACUGACAAAGAAAUAUGUGAUAUGGUUGGCGCAAGUUCAGAUAUGAUUACCAAAGAUGUCAGUUUUUUUGUUUCUGGAGGUGGAAAAUCAGAAACUUUGGAAUUUAUUCCUAAUAUUAUUUCUGAAGACUGUCCUGAAAGAUUUUUGUGGGAGAAAGGCUGCCUUCUAAGGUGUGAUCUAACAUUGAAGCUGCCAAUUUAUGUUGCUAUAGAUAAAAGCUCAGGUAAAAAUAUUUCUUAAAAAAACUCUAUGAAGAUAUCAUUUUACCUGUUAAUGUUCUUUCUCUCACAUAAAAUUAUUUUCUUGAUGAUUUCUCAUAUAUUUUGGAUGAACUUGAAAAAGGUUGGGUUGAUCUGUCAUCCUGAUCUAGUUUAAGUGUGAUAAAGAUCCAAUGGAACCAAAAGUUCAGUGCUUCUAGAAUAAGUGACCAGUAGCUCCCACGUUUUGUGCUUGGAUGGGAAGUUGUCUGCACGAGAGUUCUUAUUUUGGUUUGGAAAGAAUUAUGUCGGGGUAAAAUUUUAUAUUUUACCUGUUUACUCUGAACUUAAUAGAUAUUUUGUCAUUUCACUAGUCUUGUAACUUUAAGUGGUGGGAAUGUAUGAGAGUUUCGAUGUAGCUUGAGAGAAUAUCAAGGAUUACUUUACAAUUGCUGUCUUUAGGGUGGUUGGCUAUGAAUCCUACUUUCUUUGACACCCUCAAAUGCUGUGGCUGUCUCUUGUGUAACCCAGGGUCUGUCACACCUUUAUGGUGGCCGACUCAUUUCUAAUAGUAAGACAUGAAAGUAGUCUCUAACCAAUAAGAAAGAUAAGGUACGAUUCACAAGACCUGAUUCCAAGUAUAUGUCAAAGUUCUUCAGAAUGCCAUGCAAAAGGUUUUUAUGAACAGGGGAAUUUUAAUUUGCAGAAGAGCUUGGCCACUGAUGUUCAUUUGCUAUAUUAUUGAUUACAGAAGACAAAACACUGAGACCUGAUUAUCAGCUACAUUGUAAAUCACAAAAGAAGGAUAUGAUGCAAGUUGUAUGAAAAUUUCUGAAUUUUGAGGAAGGUUUUUUCUUUAUCCUUCUUAUCUAAGCAAACACAUGGUUUCUUAACCAGUUCUUUUAAUUUUACCUGCAUGUAUUGCACUUUUACAAUUCACUUAAUACCAUACCACCAUUAUCAAUGAAACGAGAAAUUGUUCUCUUUUUCAGUACAAAUGUGUUUAAUGAAAAUUCUCCCUCUACGAACUAUGCAGUUUAUUGAUAUCUCUUUGCCCUUAUCUUGGUUUAAGCCUUUAUGCUUGCUAAUGCACCUAAAUGUUUAGUUUACUGGUUUAAUCUGUCUAUAGGCAUUAGUUUGUUUAGAAGAUUAGCCUCAGUCGUGUUCCACAUUGAGAAAUUUAUUUGAUGAAAUCUUUCUUUUAUCAUGUUUAUGCUUUCCAUAAUUUCUAGAAAUAAUGUUGUGUUCAAAUCUUUUCUCUGACAAGAUGCUGUUGCUUCUCAGAGGCUGUGGAGAUGUUUUCUUCAAUAGUUGAUGCUGCUGCUGCGAAAUUGAGAGAUCCCAAAACUUUGUAUCUCCUUGAACUGAAAAGGAUGCCACCUGAGGAAACAGUUCUGCCUGUUGUUCUGCAUGGUACUGAAUUAGGUCUGGACACGUGUGUGCUAUCCCAUAAACUUCCACAGUAUGGGGCCACAGAAUCCGACAAAAACAUUGAAGCAUGUUCAUAUUUCUUUUCAAAAUCCAAGCGCACAUCCUUCUCUUCUAUUGAGGUUAGUAUAGAGGAUAGAAUAAUGUGUUAUAUGUUCGUGAAUAAAUUUUGUGAGUAGGUUAUAUGUUUUUAUGGUCAAUCUUUCAAGGGCAAGCGUUCAUGUCGUCUCCUAUAGUAAGCUACUAAACAGGCUUGAGUCACUUGGAAUUUCUACUUCAUCUAAAGUACAUAUUGGAAAAACAGAUCAUUGCCUAGAAUAUCCCGCAAGCCAUGGUACUGUGAAAAUCUCAGGGAAUACCUGAAAAUAUUGAUUGGUCUUGAAACGCAUUUCCAUAGCAUUACCAACUACGUUCCUCUUAAAUUUAUCCUUUCAGUUGACUAGGAUAGUUCAGACGCUAGAUCUUAGUUUCAGUUGAAAUUGUUCAUCUAUUCAGGCUUAUGUACUUCUCCAAGAGUGAUUAAUCUUCAUGUACUCAACUAACAUUGUUGCUGAUAUUUGGAAUAUGGAACUAUUAUUUUCAUAUUUCUUUUCAAAAAUUUCAUGCCUUUCUGGUUGUCAUCAUUUCCUUUGACUUGUGUGACUUAUUUUCCCUUCACAUUCAUCGUGAUUGCUUUGUCUAAAAGAAUCCUUGCUUAGAAUGCAGACACUAUCCAGGUAAGUCUAUUCUCCAAUCAGUCUGAAAAUGCCCUGGUCUCUGGAGCGCCUCUAGCAGGAUAUUUUCCAGGUAGACAGAUUUUAGUAUUUUCCAAUAAUCUACAGUAUAUAAAUUUUUCCAGUUGAAGGAUACUGCUUCUCAGUACAUUUCAAUUUGUGGCUUCUAAUGCAUUUACUGUAAUGUGGUAUUUCAAAUCUUUUGCAGCACCUGUAUCAGCAAAAUAUUCUGUUGUUGAUUUCAAAUUGGAUGUACUCUGCUAUUCUUCAAGGGAUUUUCCACUGGUUUCUGCUGUUUCCAAAUUAAUUAUUCCUGGUUUAGUCGAUCAGCUAUUUAAAUUAAAGGAGAUUAUUAGCCCGAAAUUGUCAACAAAACAUCCUCAGGUAAUGUUAACUUUGCCUGUUUAUUUUUCUACGUGACUUGUACACUUGGAGCCUUUGUUCUGUAUCCCAAUAUGCAGAUGCAAGGCUUCAGAUUCGCUUUGUUUUCAUACUGGAGAUUUUUGUGGACAUAGAAAGGCAGUAUCAUUUCUUCAGCCUAAUAUGAAACUCUUUAGUUACUGGAAAAUGGGGAGAAUUAGGGGCAACUGUUUGUUGUUGGAAUUCUGGUCAUCUUUGUUUCGUGUCUUCUUGUCAUGCAGUCAAAAUCACCAUUGAUCAUAUGAAGUAUGGCAUGAUGUGUCGUUCCUCAUACAUUGCCACUAUCUCCUCCCUCCCCCCUUCUCUCUCUCUCUCUCUCUCUCUCUCUCUCUCUCUCUCUCUCUCUCUCUACCUAGCUAGCUAUCUCUUCUCCCUUCCAUAUAUAUGGGGAUAAAACGGAAAGUAAAAAUAAGAAUCUUCAUGUUUAUUUUAAUUGUCAUCAUCAUUGUUUUUUCUGGAAGAUUGCUGGUUUAGUUCAUCUAUUCGCUCAAUUUUUAAUAUUUUCUUUCGGAUCUUUGCAAUUCUGUAUGAGUUUCUAGGAGUUUCUAGGAUGUGCAUAAGAGGGAAAGAGUUGCUGUUCAAUGUAAUGCCUUUCGUAUUUCCCUCUUUAGGCAGUAUUUCGUGUUUAAGGCAGUCUAGCUUAACUAAUCAAGGUUAUAAUCUACCCCAACCCCAAUAUGGACAUAAGAUUCUACUUGUACGUUUCAAUUGACAUCAUUGUAUAUGUUAAUAUUUCUCUGAUUCCUGGUGUUGUACCGUUCCAGUUUCUUCUAUCUUGGAUUCUUUAUCUAGGAUAUGUGCAAUUGUUUGGAAAUUUCAGUCAGGAAAUGCUUAAGAGGCAAAGGUUAUGUGUUCGGGAUAACUUCUUCCAUUAAACCUUAGGCUGCCCCAUUUUGAUCUUCAAUCCUUUCAAAGUGCAGUUGAAUAAUUGCCCAAUAAUAGGAGUUGGGCCGAAAACUAAUGUUUGCUUUCCUACAGGCUCUUCUCUGGUCCUGGUGUUUAUUGAUUGAAACAUGGAACCUUGUCGUAUCUUAAUCGUUUUGAAGAUCUAUAUAGCCUUAAAAACCUUAACAAGAGCAUAUAUAGUCAGCCCAUAUUGUUGGAACAAAGAAUGAGGAUGCCUACACAGUUCUUUAACUGUUAACACUGUUUCACGUUAUCAAAGAAGCAUGCUUUACUGAUUCAUUGCUAUUUUUUUUCGGUUUAUUCAUUCUCUAUUGAUCAACUCCACAAUACGUCUGUUAAAUUCUCAGAUACGAGUUUCUUUGUUUCCAGCUAUAUCCAUAUCAUUUCCAUCCUCCGGGGAUUUUACAUCCAAUAACAGCCAUCUAUGACGUGACCUAUGGGGAGAUGGAGAUGAAACAAGGUAUGUAAACACUGAUCAUGCAGUUUAUGCAAAUUCAAUGGGGAACUCUUGUUGACAUAUUCAUAGUACCUUUAUCUUGAUUCUAUCAUAUGCUAUUAUGCUUACGAUUUUCCUUGAUACAGUUGAAAUCAGAAGAACUCUACACCUGAGACUAGGGUUACCUGUAGAUCGUCCUCUCCUACUCAUUGCAAACUCACUCAAUUUUACUUGUACCACGAGUGGUAGAGAUUCAAUAAGAAAUGGUAAUGUUUCUAGCGAAAUGGCCUCACUUGUUCAAUAUAUUUAACUUAUUUCUCACUUAUUCUACUAAUAUAGGUUGUACACUACUGAAAGAUGUACACACUAACAUUCCGAGUAGUGGUGGUGAGUCCAACUUUCUUUCCAUAUCUGUUCACUAACGAUUUAUUUUCAUGUAAACUUGUUUAUAUAUUCCCUUUUGACGUGUUCUCUAUGCAAUUUCGUUGUUGCCUUGUGCAGUUUCUGGAGGACUAAUGUCUUUAAUUCAGGGUUCUUAUGAGUAUUAUCAUUAUCUUCAGAACGGAUUUGAUGACAAUGUAUGGAGGUUCUUUUUUUCUUUUUGGUUUUUUGCGUGUCAUUCUGAAAGUAAUGCACUGUCUUUUGUUAGUAACAUUUUAUCUUCUAAAUGUUGCUGCUUAAUUGUCCCAAAUCCACUUGCGCAAACAACCUAUACUGAUAUUAUCUGGUAAUGUCUGUUUUUAUCAUACGAGACAAUAUACUAAAUCCGAUCUGCUCCUCCUAGUGUUGUUCACAGUUAAAAGAUAUUGCUACAAUUUAUCACAUAUCUUUUUUAGUAAAUGAAUAAUUGUCCUCCAUUAUUGGUUGUUUGGUCUCUCCACAAUGGGAAGUUGACGCUGUCUUAUUUUCUCUUGAUAAAAUUCCCAGUUUUCCCCUUGGUAUUUAUCUUAUUUUCUCUUGUAAAUACUUAUGAUGGAUAUGGUAUCUUAGUGGGUGGGUUGCAAUUCAGAGGCUCUCACAAGAGAAAUCCCCCACAUGCCUGAACCAACUAUUGCUGCAAAGCUGGACCAUGUCCCUCUAUUGCUGUUGUGACAACCUAUGAUUUGGCUUAGAUGCGUCCAGUUCAGUUAAUCAUGGUUUCAAAUAAGUUUCCAGAAUUUUCUGUAGAUGUUGGUGUCUAAGAAAGUCUUUCUAAUUCAUAGCAUUCCAUUUCAACGUUGUCUGCAUGAACAACGUUAAGUUUAUUUUUCUUUAGCCUAUACUUGAAAGAAAAAUAAUAAUUCGUGCAUAACUUAUGUCCCCAAGACCUGCUUUGGUUUUAUUCGUGACUCUGCCAUUGUUGUCUUUUUUGGCUCUUAAGACACGCUCUAACAUAUAGUAUAUCCUUGUUGGUAAAACUGCACGUAUCCUUGGUGAUAUUGGAUGAUAGCAUUCUGACAUUUGGACCUGCAUCAAUGGUUGUGCAUGAUGAUCACUUAUCUAAAAUAUAAUAAAAUUCAAAGAAACACUUAAUUGCAUACCUGGAGUCCUCCCCUUAGAUGAGCCUUCUAGUGGGCUGUAUAGACCGUGCUGUAUCUGUGAGGACAAUAAUUUAACUGUAGCGACUGUUUGUGUGGAUGUUAGCUCCAUUGAUGAAGAACUUGAACACUGCCAUGAAAAAAGUAAAUCUAAAUUAAAACAUUAAAUUUUCUAAGAACUCUCCGGUCGACUCCAAAUGUGCUGGGAGUGAUUCGGCAGGGCUGGAUGUACGUUCUUCUCAUAUGCCUAUUUUUCAGGGUUGGGGAUGUGCAUAUCGCUCCCUCCAAACAAUCAUUUCAUGGUUCAGGCUUCAGUACUAUACAUCCAUUGAAGUUCCAUCUCACAGGUACGUAGAUUUCUUUCUCUUCAAAUUACUGUGAAUGAUUUUCUUGACUAGGUGUCUGCUAUCUCUAUUUUAUGAACUUGUUUCCUUAUGUGCUUGUUCCAGCUUCGGCUUCCUAUAUUCUAGUAAAAAUUUUGUAAUGGGGUUGAUCUUUUCUUUGGCAUCCAUCAAGCUGGCCCUUCCAUACCAUAAGGAAUGUACUGACAAACUUGUGGUAUCCCAAAUAUGGCUGUCCUUAUUUUAUAAAUGUUAACUGAUUUAGUUUGUGAUGGAGAUUUUACGUAAAUCUCAGGGAAAUUCAACAAGCUCUUGUGGAGAUUGGUGAUAAGGAACCCUCUUUUGUGGGAUCACGUGAGUGGAUUGGUGCAAUCGAGUUGAGUUUUGUCUUGGACAAGCUUCUUGGUGUAAGUGUUGAAGCCCCCUGGACAAUUUUUAUUUUCUGUGGGAAUUAUUUGCUAGCCACUGGAUUGAAAUCACAGAUCUCCAUCAUCUCUCUAUGGAACUAUGAUGCGUUGGCAUAAGUUAAUACAUGAUUAAUAGGUUUACAUGUAAGACGCGACUUGAUCAUCAUUUGUGAUUUUAUUGAUUUGUUUAUGGUGUGAAACACUACCUUGAUUCACACGUUCUGAUAGCCUAAAUGUUCAUAGUUUUUUUGAAUUAUAUCUUGAUCUGCUACUACCCAAUCUCCAUAUUUUCGCAGCUAUUUUUUGAAUUAUUACUGUUCUACGUAUUACAAAGGGGAUUUUUUCAUAUGCUGAUGAGGAGGUAUGAGUGCUGGUGAUCGUCUCAGCAUCUUCUUGUCUUAAAACAUAACCUUUGCGCACAACGCCUGAUAAAUCAUUUCUUGUUUGAUAUUUAGCUGUUUUAUGCCUUCCCUCUAGAUGCAUCCCCUUGUUCUCAUAACAUUAAUUGAUAACUUCGGUACCUAAGUAUCCAUAAAGAUACCUACAUUAGUAUACAUAUCUUUGUUCAAGCAACAUUUAUCUAUUUCUUUUAUCCUUGCAUUGGUUAUUUGUGCUGUAUCUUAGACUGUGCUCUCUGUCGGGAACAGGUGAGCUGCAAGAUCAUGAAUGUGAGAUCAGGAGUCGAGCUCCCAGAGAAGUGCAGAGAGCUAGCAUUGCACUUCGAGACACAGGGGACCCCUGUUAUGAUCGGUUAGUGUACAUCUCAGACCUUGGACUGAAGUAUGGAGUUAGACCCUUUCCAUUGGUUCCGUCAUAAGCUCUUCAACUCCAUUAGAGCUCUGCUCUUUCUCUGUCAUGAACAGGGGGUGGAGUUCUGGCCUACACUCUCCUGGGAGUUGACUACAACGACGUGACUGGGGAUUGCGCCUUCCUCAUCUUAGAUCCUCACUACACGGGCACUGAUGAGAUCAAAAGGGUGGUGAGCGGCGGGUGGUGUGGGUGGAAGAAGGCAGUCGAUAGCAGAGGUAAGAACUUCUUCUUGAGUGAUAAGUUCUACAAUCUCUUGCUUCCCCAGAGGCCAAAUAUGGUGUAA